AUGGGGGACUGGAAUCUGUUGGGGAAGCUGCUGGAGAGUGCCCAGGAACACUCCACGGUCGUGGGCAAGGUCUGGCUCACGGUCCUGUUCAUUUUCCGCAUACUGGUGCUGGGGACUGCUGCGGAGAAAGUGUGGGGUGACGAACAGUCCAGCUUCACAUGCGACACCAAACAACCUGGUUGUCAAAAUGUCUGUUAUGACAAGACCUUCCCCAUUUCUCACAUCCGCUUCUGGGUGAUCCAGAUCAUCUUUGUCUCCAUCCCCACUCUUAUUUAUCUAGGUCACAUCCUCCAUCUGGUCCGCAUGGAAGAAAAAGAGAAGGAGAAACUGAAGGAACUUGCCAGUAAAAGCGAAAACAACCAGCAGCAGUUAAGCAAUAAGACCAAAAAGGCCUCAAUUAAGGACAACCAGGGUCAUGUGCGUUUGCAAGGUGCACUUCUUCGAACCUACGUGUUCAACAUUAUUUUCAAGACUCUCUUCGAAGUGGCAUUUAUUGUAGCGCAGUACUUCUUGUAUGGGUUUCAGCUCAAGCCGAUGUACACCUGCAACCACUGGCCUUGUCCUAACAUGGUGAACUGUUAUGUCUCCCGGCCCACGGAGAAGACGAUCUUCAUUCUCUUCAUGCUAGCAGUGGCUUGUGUGUCCCUAUUACUCAAUCUGAUUGAAAUGUACCAUCUAGGUUUCACAAAGUGUCAUCAGGGGCUACGCUACAGAAGAUCAAAGGCUGCACUUGAGGCUUCCAAGUCCCUAAAUGAAGGAGUCAAGCCCUUUGCUCCAAACUACACCUACUUGACAGCUGACUCAAAGUACGUCAUUACUGAGCCAAACUCUGCCUACAACCCUUACAACAGUAAAGCAGUGUACAAACAAAACAGAGACAACAUGGCUGUGGAAAGGAAAGGUAGGGGAGAGGGCGACGAUGUGGAGAAGACAAAAAUAUCCAGUCCUGUGUCUGAGACUCCUGUUGAAAAUCAGCGCAAAAAUAGUCAGUCAAGCAAACACAGCAACACCAAAGGCAGACUAGAUGACCUGAAGAUCUAAAGACGUUCCAAUUUUUAUUCAAAUGCUCAAGAAUGACAAAACUAAAACUAAAUAAAAAAAACUACAGCUGAGAGAUUAAAGACAAACGACGUUAACG